AUGCGUACCUCGACGGAAAAUGGUCACUUCUGUAUUGUUCCUCCGAAGGACGUUGACGGACAGUGGACCUCUGCUCGUCUGCAUGGCAACCACAGUUUUCAGUGCGACAACAACGGCAAGAUGAUCUUUGCCGCCAACAUCAAGAUGGGCCAGAACCCGCGUCGGCGGCAGCAGGGGAUUUGGCCUGCUUGGGCGUUGGGCCAGUCGAUCCGUCGUGGUGAAAAUUGGCCAAAAUGCGGUGACUGGGAUAUCAUGGAGCUCAGCAACGGGUCUUCGACAAAUCAAGCUAAGCUUACUGCCCCGAGCUUUGUUGGAAUAGGGCGGCAGGCCAUUCAAUGGCGGAACCUCUCUAACAAGAUGGCAACACACACAGGCUCAAUCCACCAUACCGAUCGAAUGGGCAACCACGCCGAAUCUCACGGAACUGUAGACUUUGAUCGCAAACAGUAUCACACCUUUACCCUGCUCAUCGAUUUCAGCGAUGAUGAUUAUAGCAAACAGUCGAUCAAAUUCCAGCUGGACAACAAACCUUACCACGCUGUCCAAGGAGAUGACUCGAGUGAUGAGAAAGACAGGCGAAACUGGGAGAGACUUGCCCGAAGCGCUUUCUUCCCAAUCCUGAACGUCGCUGUGGGGAGCGAUCUUCCAGGAGAUCCUGACGAGAAGACACUGCCUGGUCUGGAGAGUGGCAUGACGAUUCGGUGGGUGGCAGUGUACAAGUCACGGUAUUGA